GUCCGUAAACGUGCGGGGGUUUAUAAAAACUCUCCGCGGCAUCCGUCUGCAGCUGUUGAAAAGUAAACAAGCGUUGAAUUUGGGCCUUUUGUAUCAUUUCUGAAGGAAGAACUCAACCUUUGUAGGGUCGUGUAAAUAAAGAAGAUUCCAUUCAUCAUGACUGAUGAAAUGCAAGAUAUUCAGUUGGAGUCAAAGCCACUUAUUGAACGUGAUUUGCCGGGGCUGAAAGAAGCUAUCCAGCAGUUGGUCACUCAGGAGCAUGAUCUUGAAACACCGAACGGUGUCCUCCAUAUCACUUUGUGUGGCGUGCCCAAAGGAAACAGACCUGUCAUUCUGACCUAUCAUGACAUUGGGCUUAACUAUAAGUCCUGCUUUGAUCCCCUCUUCAACUAUGAAGACAUGCAUGAAAUCACCCAGCACUUUGCGGUCUGCCACGUUGAUGCUCCUGGCCAACAAAUUGGUGCAACUGCCUUGCCAACUGGGUACAAUUAUCCCUCCAUGGAUCAGCUGUCUGAAGUGCUUCCAAUGGUCCUAAAACAUUUUGGGCUAAAAAGCGUUAUUGGUCUUGGCAUAGGAGCUGGAGCUUAUAUCUUGGCCAGAUUUGCUUUAUUAUCCCCUGACAUGGUUGAAGGCCUUGUUCUUAUCAAUAUUAAUCCCUGUGCAGAAGGAUGGAUGGACUGGGCGGCUCACAAGAUUUCUGGAUGGGCCCAUGCUUUACCUGAGAUGGUGAUUACUCAUUUGUUUGGAAAGGAUGAAAUCCAUAACAACCAUGAAUUGAUCCAGACUUACCGUCAGCACAUUUCUAAUGAGGUCAACCAGCACAAUCUGCAAUUGUUUGUUGAUGCUUACAACAGCCGAAGAGAUCUUGAGAUUGAGAGGCCAGUUCAUGGGGGAAAUGCAAACAUUAAAACCUUAAAGUGUCCAACAUUGCUGGUAGUUGGAGACAGCUCACCUGCUGUUGAUGCUGUAGUGGAAUGCAAUUCUAAAUUGGACCCAACAAAGACCACACUUCUUAAGAUGGCUGACUGUGGAGGAUUGCCCCAGGUGGACCAGCCUGGAAAGCUCACAGAAGCCUUCAAGUACUUUAUUCAAGGAAUGGGCUAUAUGCCCUCUGCCAGCAUGACACGUCUUGUUCGAUCUCGCACUGCAUCAAACUCUAGUGUGACAUCAUUUGAAGGCAACCGAAGUCGUUCCCACACGGGAGAAGGCAACAGAAGCCGCACUCACACUACUGAUGGGUCCCGCAGCCGCUCACACACCGAUACACAGCUCGACUCCAGCAACGGCCCUGGAGCCAUUGACCAAUCCGUUCACAAAUCUGCGGAAGUGUCCUGUUAAAACAGUGUUUUCUUACUCCUGCACAGAUCUACCUGUGCUGCAUUGCUGCUGAGUAUGAAGUGAAGUUCAGAGAACCAAAGGGUUUCUUCAUUGUGUCAGGGUUUUUUUUUUUUUUGUUUUUUUUUGUUUUUUUUUUAAAUAGUAGUAAGCCAUGCGAAGUAUAAAUGCACUUUUUCAAAUUCACAUAAUGUAAGUUUCCUGUACCCAAUGUAAUAUUCUGCCAGAGAAUUCCAAUAUAGCAACCACUCCCAGAGUAAACAAAAUAUCAAUACUUAAUGGUUAAGUCUUUAAAGUUUUAGUCCAGAUCAACAGAUUCUAAAAUUAAAUUAAUGACUACUGAGACGUGCUUACUUUCUCCAGAUACAUAUGGCUUCCUCUUGUUCUAAUCCUGGUGGUGUGGGCAGCUGUGCAACAGAAAGGACCAGCAGCAAAUGAAAGUAACUUGGCUGCAAUUUCUAUACGGAUUGUACAUAUUUAAUUUGUAAUAACUUUAAAUAUUUAACAGAAAUAUUAAUAUUGAAUAGGGGCCAGUUUCUGCUUUUUCUUUUUUUUGAAAAACCUGCAAAUUCUAGUGUCAGCUUACAAACAAAAUUGUGACAAUCUUGAAUUGUGGUUUACUGGACUUGUGAUUGGCACUGGUUUUAAGUGUGUUUUUGUAACUCUGACAAAUGGAAGUACUGACACUAUAAGCUUGCAGACUGUAGGCUUGAGGCUCAAACUGUAUUAUCUUCUGACUUUUUUUGAAUCUUGCAGCAUUCAAAGCAGUUGAGUUUUUUUGAUUAUAAGGUUCACCUUGUUUCACUGAUGACUGGUUUUAAUACCAGCAUUGGUAACCAUCUGGUUGUGUGGCAACUUAAUUAACAAAACAAAGGAUCAAAAUAUGUAACAAGUUGCUAAAUUCUUUAGAAUUUUUUUGUAAAUGCAGAAAAUGAUUUAUUAAUGAUUGAACUGCUUUGUAAGUUAUGCAGUUCUAUGCAGUUGUGAUUAAAAAUAACAAAGUGCCAUUGAUCCAGGAUUUACAGUUUAAGCUUUUUAGAUACACAGAAUAUUUACAGUAAUUAUCUUGUCAAAGCAUUUGAUGGGGUAAUUCCUGAACUAAUAAGCUUAUAUAUAUUAUAACCCUUACAUACUGCUUAGCUGAAAUCAUUUUUGAUUCUUGCUUUAGUGGGAGAAAAUCAAAAUAUGUAAGGAUGCACAAUUGUAGAGAGGGGCAAAGCUUUGUUUUCUUAAUGAUGUGAAUAUUUGUAUUUAUUUCUAAAUAAAAUUUGUAACUUUGCAAAAA